AUGAAAAACGCCACCAAACUGGGCAGUGCCAAGGGACACAUGGGCACAGCCAAGUGUGGGGAUGAGUGGAAAUGUAAUUCCCUCCAACUCUCAUACGCCACUCUUUCAUACAGCGAGCCACUCCUAAAUGUAACAGACAAUGUCUUUUUAUUUCACCUUUGUGCCCAAUUCAAAGGUAUCAGCGUGCCUCAGCUCUGCUUCGGUCCAGCACAAGCCGUGUUCGGGACAACCCCCAACAUUAAACACAUUGUGAUAGGAAGAUGCUUCACUUAUACCACACUGGUUCAGCCCGGUUUAAGGUAUGACUGUGAGGAGAUCUGGAGGCAGUUUGAAAAGGCGGUUGUCCAGCAGUCUUCUUGUAAUGUGACAGAGGAGCAUUAUUUUGAGAUGUUUAACAUGAUGCCAGAAAUCUGGCCAUGUGAUAGGUUUCUUUUUUGGAGUAAAACUAGGGUGUUGGUGCACAGCUAUGCGGCUGUUUUUCGUCAUUUCUGGACUCUGGAAGACACGUUGGUUGGUUACCUGUUCAACGACCUCGUCUGGUGUGGCCAGGAGGAAGACUCUGACUUUGAUUUCAACGUUUGUCCAGCGUGGUCAACAUGCAGAACCCAUCCAGUUUACUCCUUGUGGAAGCGGGCCUCGCAAAACUUUGCAGAGAUGGCCUGCGGGAACAUCACUGUGUUGCUCAAUGGGUCUGUCGUGAAUGCGUUCAACAGGAAAAGCAUGUUUGGAAGUGUUGAACUGGACAGCCUGAAUCCUCAGAGAGUGAACUAUGUCAACAUCAAGGUGGUGACAAAUCCAGAGGGACCGCACAUAGAAUCAUGCAGUCAAGGAUCGAUCCUGGAGCUCAUCCAAAUACUUUUGUCACGAGGUUUCCAGUGGACCUGCACAGACAGUGACUUGGCGUUGGUGAUCCUUCAGUGUGUCCAGGACCUAAAUCAUCCCAGUUGCCAGAUGUUGGCAAACAAUCUGUUGCAGCAGAAGGACCUUACAUCAACUUGAAUCAUCUUCUAGAGCCGUGUUUUAUACCCGGACGUUGGUAUUUCAAGUUUUACAAACAUUCCUGCCUGGGAGCGAAAAUUAUUUAUUGGUUAACCUUUUAUGUGCCACCCUUCCAAUAAUAGAGCAUGCAAAGCUUUUGAUGCACAUUUAUAAAAUGCUUUAUUUAGGGGGUAAUCAGAGUCAGAUGGCCAAUUUUAUUUGCUUAAUUUCAGAAUGGCUUAGCAGACUGAUUUAUUUUAAUAAUGACAUAUUUCCACGGCAGUUAUCUUUUCUCUUUGCACUUGGUCUUUUUGAAAGUAAUCUCUUGAUCUUUAACACACCCAUGCAAACACAGUGCUACCGUCGAACAAAGAACAUGUGAACUCUUUACCUUGUUCCCGCUUUAAUCAAAUAUUUAUCUUGAGACCAUAAUUAUGCUUGUGAACAUAUUCACCAUUCUACUCUUUAGAGGAGUGAUGUGAGAAAAAAGGCAGAUUAGUGGUUCAUCACAGAUAAACCGGUUCUCUGGAAUGGGUAGCCUUUGCCUUUCAUACACCUGUUUGCGCUUUCCAACAUUACUCAGCAUGCAGACUGGUGACAGGUUCGUUAUAUGUUUUUAAUCCAAAAGUCUUUCGGAUCAUGAUGUCAUACAUUCAUCUCCGCACAUAUAUAGCGAUGCAGCAAAAACAAUGCUAAACCUUUGGAAGGAACAUGCCCAAUGCUUUGUUUCACAUGGAUGUUUAACAGAGACCUGAUUUCUUUUAUGUGUGUGCUGUAUGAUCAUUUUUAGAUGUAGGUCAUUAUUGUACAUUUUUUACUUUGGGACAAAUCUUGGCUUGGCUUCAAGUAACCAAUAAAAAGGGUAGCUGUCU